UUUAUUUGUUUUGUUUUUGCUCAGCUUGCGGCGCCUUUGCGACCCAACAUUCCAAUAUUGGCUAAAAUGGGCAAGAGCAGGAAGCAGGUGCGCGAGCUCAACGCCGCCAAGGAGGCGGUCGAGGCCACUAAAGUCCAGCUGGACACUUGCAACGAUGCAUACACGAGCGGCGCCUUCAAAUACCUGAGAUUCCUCGUCCAUCUGCUGGCGGCAGCACAGUUCUCGUAUGGCAUAUACUUCCACUACUUCCGAGUACACUGGCCCACGGAUUUGCUGGACGAGGAUGAGCUGAAGGCGCGCUGGGGCGGCAAGUUCAAGUACCUCACCUUCCUGGACGUCAUUCUGCAGGCCAUCUACCACUCGCUGGCUCUGCUGAACGAUCUCUUCGGCGAUAACAAGGUCUCCGGAGACUCAAAGUCCAUGUUGCGGUCGGCGAGGGACUACGUGUUCGCCGCCUUUGCCUUCCCCGUCGCACACAAUGUGUGUCUCUCGUUUUGGGUCAUCUACGUUUGGGACCGUGAGCUCAUCUUUCCCUCGGCGCUGGAUGCGAUUUUCCCCAGCUGGCUGAACCACGUGGUGCACACGAACGUGGCCCUUCUGGCCAUUAUGGACCUGUUUACCUGCUUCCGCCGCUAUCCGAGUCGACUGGCCGGCAUCACGGGCAACGUCUCCUUCAUCUUGCUCUACAUCAUCUGGCUGCACAUCGUGCGAUACUUCAGUGGCGAGUGGGUGUACCCUAUUCUGGAGGUGCUGCCCGUAUACCUGCGAUACGUGUUCUUGGCACUGCUGGUGGGUUUCAACCUGGUUUGCUAUCUGCUCGGGGAGUUCGCCAACAAGAUCGUCUGGGGUCCGGAGUUUAAGCUGCUGAAUCAGCAGAAAGUGAAGCAGGGCUAGGACUCGAGGAUUUAAAAUCGUUUAUUUAGUUACACAAAAGUAUGACAUAUUUUGUAAACUUGAAGGCACUUUUUGAGGUACGAUUUGUGUGCCCAAAAGGCUUAUUUAUAUCGUACUUAAUUGUAUAAUCUACAGUCUAAUUCUAAGUCCUGUACCCACGGCAAAGGAAAAUAAUGAAAAUAAAUUAUUAUCCUCUUUGGCAUUUACUUUGGCGUGAGUACCAGGAUUAAGGAAGCAGUUAUUCACAAACGUACACAGAGAUUCGAAUGCUUACAAGCUAGAUGGGAAGAUGAAUUUGUAAAAUAAAGUUUUCAGCUUAGUGACUAUGAGUAUUCGUAAUUCGUAGUUCUAGUUUCGCUCAGUCUGUUCAAGUAAUUAAUUAAGAAGAAUCUAAAUGUUUAUCGCAUGUAAGCUGCAUACAAAUUAUAAGGUUUGCAUGCUCUGGUUUUUGUUCUUCCUAAAUUUCGUUGUAAUAUCAUACUUGUUUGUUGUAAAUAUCAUUUGGGUUUCCAAUUCUUCUGAAGCAAUAAAUUCUUACAAAUUGUUGAACAGUUUGAAUUAACAAUAA